CAUAACCAAAUUGACUUGGCAACACAGGCUAAAACGGUCCCGCCCCUCGUGCACAUCAAAGGCCUGUUCAGAUUGCCUGAGAGGAAAUAUUCAAAGCAAGCAGUGCAGCUGAGUGAAAUAGAUUCAUCACAGACAGAAGAGCUGUUCUUACAAGAAUUUUAAGGAUGUGAAUAUUGCACCCCUUCUGGAGAUGCAAGUGAACAUUGAUUAGCAUGCAAGCUAAUUCACAACAAUCAGGACAACUGCAAAAUUUGCAUGGAAAAGGGACCUCACCUAGAGAUGGGACCGCUAAUACUCUGGGCCAAAACCUUUAUCAGCUAUGUUUACCAUCUCACGCUGCAAGCCCAUCGUAUCCAGGACAAGGUGCCACUGGAAAUUAUUUUACACAGUUCACCUGCACAGUCCAACCGUCAACCAGUGACCAGAUUUUGACUAGUGGCAUUCAAGCUACCAAAGACACUCCUCUUACUUCAAAAGAAAAUUCAGGAAAACAGGACUCACAAAUUAUUCUGUGGAACAUGCCCUCUAAUUGUCAGAUAUUCUUACCUGUUAACAACAUAAAUCUACAGGGUGCUCCCAACAAUAAUGGGCCAAACAUGCCACACUGUGCCUUUAACUCAAAUAACAGUUUAUACAUCCAGCAGCAAAAUAUUUCCUUGGCAGCUGGCCCAAAUAAUUCACAACAGGUUGUGAACACUGGCAAUUUGCAUAGCAGACAGCAACAUGUAAAUGCUCCUAAUUUGGCAAAAGACUCACCAAAAACAAGAACAAACUUGCCAUCUGAUCUGAAAUAUUACCCCCCAACAGAAAAUGCCCCUCAUGGUCACAGUAGUUUGUUUGGUGGCUACCAUUACCAGUUAUUGAUUCCUGAGAAGUCAACCCAUGCUAAUUUGCAAACACCUUCUACCUGUGUACAGAACAUUUCUGCACAGAGAGCUGUUGCCGUUGUCACGCCGUUAUCUCCGAUAGGAACAGCAUCUGUUAAUGGUUCAGACAAAUCUGCUUAUGCGAAAAUGAAUGUAAAUUCUGUGCAAGAGAUUGUACAGGAUCAACCAAAUAUUCCACAUGCUCUGGAGGCCAAUGCUAAUCUGAAUUACCAAAAGGGUGAACGUAAUGACCCAAUAAGCAAGCAUGUACGGCAUCAACCAAAUAUUCCACAUGCUCUGGAGGCCAGUGCUAAUCUGAAUUACCAAAAGGGAGAACCAAAUGAUCCAGCAAGGAAGCCUCAAAGGCCAAAGUCAGCAGAGCCAAGGCUUAAUGAUGGACUUUGCUAUGUAGUUGGAGCCAAAAGUCCCGUUUCGAUUGAGUCAACUGGUCGAAGUCGCCGUGCAAGUUCACCGAAGCUUAAAAGUGUGGUUGCAGAACAAAACAAAUCUGUGCCAACUCAAAUGCGAAAUGAACCGAGUGAUAAGAUAAAUAAUAACUGCACAUUCACAGACAAGAAAACUGUUGAAACGGAAACUAUUCCUGUUAUCGAAUGGCCAUUAGAUCGAUUGCAUACUUUAAUUGCCAUGAUUCAGCAAAUAGAAGACGGGCAUCAGAAGAAUGUCCAAAAAAAUGAUGUUUGGAGGGACAUCUUAAAGCUUUAUUGGAAUGGGGAUUAUGGCAAGUUUUAUGAUUCUGUACAAACUGGCAUAUAUCAGAACAUAAUGCAAGAAGUCUAUGGUUACUGUCUGACGAAAGAGCCUGUGAUAUUGAGGCAACUUAAAAGUGAUGUACGUAACAAAGUCAUCAAGGAUUUUCACGUUUUAAAACACAACGAAGAGCCACCGAAGAUGACGUACAAGUCGUCUUGGUUGAAUCUUAAUGAAAACGUUGAUGAUAUCGACAAGGAGUGUGGUUAUUCUUGGUUCUAUAAGUCCUUUCAAAAUGCCCCCGAACAUGAUGCACAAAUCUCAGCAUGUAAAACGCAAAACAAAUUGCAAGAAGCCACUGAAAAGCCAUCACUGACUAGGUGUAAACAGUUACCAACAGCGGUGGAGAACAAAGUACCAGCAGAAGAACCAACUUUGGACAAUGAAAGUCUUCAUGAAAACUUGCCUGUUUUGUUUAAUGAGCAAUCUCCAACUGUGUCUGAUGCUAACUGCUCAACAAAGCGUCAUUGUGUGGUUACAGAACAAACCAGCAGUCAACCAAAUAUUGCAAAUUCUUUAGAGGACAUGAUUACUGUUGUGAAGGAUUUGGAUAAAAAAGAUGUCCAGACUGGAAUGUCCAGGUUGGAUGACCAAUUUUGUAGUGAUGUUGGAGCCAAUAGUGUUUUGUUGCCCAAAUCAACCAGCCAAAGUGACUGCGCAAACUCACCAAAGCUCUAUAACGCAGUAGCAGAACAAAGAGAGGAUGCAUUAUCUCAAAUACAAAUUGGAUCCAGUGAAAAAAUGCCUAACAAUGACUGUGCCAUCCUUGAUGAGAAUGUGAGAUGUGAGACCUUUCCAAAACCUAAUCAAGAAAUUCCUGUGUGCAUGAAUGAAGAGGAGACUGACAAGGUGGGUUCUUCAGCCUAUAAGAUGAAUGUUCUACCUCAUGAAAUGGCUGAACAGCGUGAUACUAGUGAGAUGAUGGAACAUAAUGUCAUUGCUGCAUCACUAAACAAGCAUGAGACCUCUUUGUUAAAUGCUUCCCAAGUACUUAACACAAUAUCAAUGGAAGAACAAACAAGUAGGCAGAGGUUAGAGGAAAAGGCCAAAAAGUCAGCAUCUACAAUUCCAAGUACACUGUUAUCAGCCCUCUAUAAACCAUCUUUAGCUGAACAUAAUGAUGGUUCAACAGACGUUUCUAAAAAAGUACAAAUAGAAGAACAAACAUCUUCAGAGAAAAAUAUGUACAAGGAAAGUCUUCAUGAAAAAUGGCCAGUUCCCUUUAAUGCUCAUUCUCCACCUGUGACUGAUAACUGCUCACUGAAGCUUAAUGUGAUUCAAGAACAAACCAGUUGCCAGCCAAAUACUUUAAAUCCACUAAAUGCAAUGAAGAAUCUGGUAAGGAAAUUGAAAGGAUGUGAUUAUUUAUUAAAAAAGCAUCACAACUUAAAUGAAAAACGCAGUGGUUUGACAAGAAAGCAUCAAAGCUCCUCUAGAACAUUAAGAUUGAACAAUAGUUUUUGUAAUGGUGUGGGAGCCAAAAGUCCCGUGUUGAGAGAUGAAUCAUCCAGCCAAAGUGACUGCUCAAGUCCAUUGAUGCUCAGUCCUGUGGUUGAAAAACAACAAGAGUUUGUGUCCUUAACUCAAGUGCUAAAUGAAUCCAGUGACCGUGUGAGAUGUGAGAUUGACCCAAAACCUAGUCAAGAGCUUUCUGUACAAAUGAAUGAAGAGGAGAAUGUCGAGAUGGGUGCUUCAGCUUCUAUUAGGAUUAAUGUUCUCCCUCAGGAAGUGGCUAAACAAUGCUUUGCUGGUCAGUUGAUGGAAGAUGAAGAUAUAGCUGCAACAGCAGAAAUAAGACACAAAGCCUCUUUGUUGCGUACACCCCAAGAACAUGACAUAUUAACAAAAGAACAGAAGGAGAGGUUGGGAGAGGCUGAUGGCAACUGCUCACUGAAGGGCUAUGUGGUUGCGGAACAAACCAGUUGCCAAUCAAAUACAAUUCAUCCACUGACGGCCAUGACACAUCUGGGGAGGGGAGCGGGAGAAAAACGGCAAAUUGGAAAAUGUGACGUUUUGAAAAACAAGCAUCAACCCUCAACUGCAAUAUCAAGGCUGGAUUAUCGUUUUUCUAAUGGAGCCAAAAAUCUGGCGUUGACUGGAUCAACCAGUCAAAUUGACUGUGCAAGUCCACCGAAACUUCAUCCUGUGACUGCAGAACCAUGUCAAAUGCAAUUCAAUGAAGAAAUGCCUGAAAUUGACUAUGUACUCACAGAUGAGAGUGUGAGAUGUGAGACUGAUCCAAAAACUAGUCAAGAACUUCCUGUGCAAAUGAAUGAAGAGGACAUUGUUGAGAUGGAUGCUUCAGUGUCUAUUAGGAUUAAGGUUCUCCCUCAGGAAGUGGCUAAACAAUGCUUUGCUGGUCAGUUGAUGGAAGAUCAGGACAUUGCUGCACCACCAGAGAUGCACGCAAAUGCAACAUCAAGGCUGGAUGACCGUAUUGACUCUAUAAGUCCACCGAAACUUCAUCCUGUGUUCGCAGAACCGUCUCCAGUUCAAAAUGAAUCCAAUGAAGAAAUGCCUGACAUUGACUAUAUGCUCACAGAUGAGAGUAUGGUAUAUAAGACUGAUCCAAAACCUAGUCAAGAACUUACUUUGAACACAAAUGAAGAGGAGACUGACCAGAUGGGCACUUUAGACUCUAUUAAGAUUGAUGUUCUCUCUCACGACAUGGCUGAGCGAUGGUUUUCCGGUGAGAUGGAAGUUAAGGACUUGCAGAAAGACAUUGCUGUUCCUAUUACCACUGAGGACCAGGUUAAAGUUCAAGUCCUGGAGCUCAAGCCUAUACUCCUAGAAGAUGUGAAGCCAAAAGAAGGGAAAUAUCAUAGUUCUGGUGAUGAAAUGUUGGAGUCUUACUGUUGUCUUGCUAAAUGGUUUCAAACUUUAGAACAUGGAGAUGGCCCCUUGUGUAUGUGCCAGAAAAAAGCAGAGUUCAAAGAAGAAGAGACUCAAAUUGAGGUCCACGGCACAAGUUUAGAGUUGCAGACUGAAAAAGAGGAUUCUAACAAAUUGGUGGAACUGGAAAAUUCUACUCUUGAAAGAACAGAUGAUUCUGAAACCACAGAUGAUGAAAACCCCUUGUCGAACGAUCCUACUUGGGACACAACAAAGAUUCUGAAGGACGUUUCAAGUUCUGAAGAGGUUCGUAAGAUGGAGACUGAAAUGUCAGAGCAGACUAGAGAUGAAUCGCCUGCAAAAUGUGCAACAAAUGUGACCAUGAAGAAUGAGAUUGAGCAAGACAUCCCAACUCCUGAUUUGAAGAGGAAGACCAAUACGAUAUGUCUUGCACUGUAUGGGUCAUCUUCUGGAAGAAAAGAAGUAAGGCGAUCUAGAAGAUCUAAAGGGAAAGAAAUUUGUGAAGAGCCCCCAGAAACUCUUCAAGUAACUAUACUCUCUCAUCAUAAGUUUGAAGCGGAGAGUAAGUCAAAGAAGCACAAAGAGGUGGAAACACAAGAUGAAGAUGUUGUGGAUAAGAGCGAGAGAAUACGAAGAGCGUCCUCCAAAGACCUGGCUCUGCAUAGAACCUUGCCCUCACAUCCUGUUUCUGAACUCAGCAAAAAUGCACUUUCAUCUACCUCAAUCAAAAAGCUGCUUAAUCCAAGUGCUAAUGCAAAGAGUGGCGUCCAUUUGGGUGGGGGAAAUAAGCGAAAGAGACAGCAUAAGUGUUCGACUCAACAAAUGUCUAUGAAUAAAUAUGUCAUCAGAGGGAAGACUGUGCCAUACAAAUUAUUGCAUUCACCUGAUAACAUAACAAAAAGUAAAUAUGAGUUGGGGAACCCUGCUUUGUUGCCAUUGGAGGAGGGUCUUGCAUUGGAAUUCAAAGUAUUGCCAGAGUCUUUUAACUUUGAAGAUGGACCUGAACUCAAUUGCGCUCAAGCCGACACUUCACAGAGUACACAAAAUGAGAUGUCAGGCCCAGAAGAUAAAGUUAAACGGAUGAAAACAAGUCGUUCGCCAACACAAGGUGUUUGGAGUUUCAGCCCCUUGAAGAAAAAGCAAACUCAGCCCAUCCAGGUCGCAGACGUCUCAGGCUCAUGUAGCCUCUUCCAAGAGUUCAAGAAGAGAUAUCAUAAAAAGAAGGAAAUUGCCUCCAAGCAGAAUUCCAGUGAAAGAGCUUGAUUUCUUAUUAAAAUUUAAGCAAAUGGGUUUUUUUGUCGUGUUUACUUCCUGUUAAUAUGAUGAAUCUAUCAGAUGCAAAUUGCUGAAUGUACUGAUUAAUUUUUUACUGUGUACUUGAACUUAAAGUCUGUAUUAUAUCAUAAAUGCAUCAAUUGCACACUGGUCAUAUAGUUCAACAGCUGCUAGUAGCCAAGUCCUCAAGGAUUUGUGUGAGUCUGAGCUUUAUAGUUUAACUACAUUUUCAAGAAACAUGUUUGUCAUGAAGGUACAUAUAUAUAUUUUUUUAAUUUUAUAUUGUGGUUUAAGUCUGCUGGUUUGUAAAAAUUUGACAAUCUAUUUUUGUACAAUUUUAUAAAACUUUUUUUUAAUAAAACCAUUUUGUAAUACCUUUAA